UUUUAAUUCUUUAUUACGAAUUUCUUUAUUACGCAAACUUCGCCACGUGCACACCUUUGUCUUAUGAAAAAAUUAAAAACGUUUCGACCUACUUGAAAUGAUUAUCAAAUUGGACGAGCCGAUGCGCCGGGACGUGGACGAUGACGGCUUUUCUCUGGUAACCGUGACUAGUAUUUCCCUUCAAGAAAGCACCGGCAGUACCUUCGCGGGUUCUGUCUACACGAAUUGGGAGGAGAAAUUCGCGUGUCGCGCAUUACAGAAGCGAGGUCGCAUCUUCAGCUAUCGAAGGAGGAAAAUAUACGUCGGUGAUGGAAUCUUUAGCGCACCGGCUGGCGUCUGCCCACAUCGCGUCACGUCAUCGAUCAUUCGUCGUAAUACAGGAGAUUCUCGACUCGUGUUUAUCUGGCCGCAAAAAGCUAGCAGAGCGCGGAUAUCGAGUGUUCUCGCACCUUUAUUGCGCGGAGUCUUGAUCGGACUGUUGUUCGUAGAUGCUCUUCAUCUGUGGCCCGGAGAAUUUUUACCUACGUCGUUACCGUCGAAUUUGCCGAUCUCUUUGCCGCCUGUCAAAUGCAACAUCAUCGAGCCACGUUGGUUCGACAAUAACUGAGCCACAAUCUAUAUCAUCAUCGUUUAUUAUAAACACUUAUAUUUCUUAACGCAAUACGAUUUUUAUUAUAAUAUACUAUAUACGAUAUUUUUAAUAAACAUAAAAUUUAUUUUACUGUGCAAACAUGCUUGAUUUCUUAAAUUGCUUUUAUGGCGGGAAAGAAAUUUGACAGUUAAGGAAAAGCUUCAGAUAAAAAGUUUGACGAAAACGAAACAAUUCAUGCUUAGAAUGUAUUGUACUAUAUUUUAAUAUAUAAUUCGACACCGUGUCUAGCACACACAGCAGAGAUAUUGGACUUCGUAAUCCUAAUGAAGGUUCAAGUCAAUGAUAUGUACUUAUUUUACAAUUCAGACACAGCAUAAAAGGUUACGGCUUCACUGA